AUGGCGACUUUACUACCUCGUUCUUUUGGUCUUGCUGAAACUAUAUUUGUAAAAAAUGGAACGAAGCUGUUGGCAGCCGCAGCAUCUAAGAACCUGCCAUCUAAGCAGCAAGUCCGCAACCUAAAUGUCCAUGAAUAUGUGAGCUACACAUUGCUAAGAGACAAUGGCAUUCCUGUGCCAAAAUUCCACAUUGCCAAGACCAAGGAUGAGGCAGUAAAGUAUGCACAAGAACUGAACACCAAAGACAUUGUAUUAAAGGCUCAGGUUCUUGCUGGUGGAAGAGGAAAGGGUUCCUUUAAAAAUGGACUAAAGGGAGGUGUAAGAAUGGUUGAUACACCUGAAACUGCUGGAGAAAUUGUUGGUAAAAUGAUAAAUCAGUAUUUAGUUACAAAGCAAACAGGUGCAGCAGGAAGGAUUUGUAACAUGGUUAUGGUGACUGAGAGGAAAUUCCCACGUAGAGAAUUUUAUGUUGCAAUUAUGAUGGAACGCAGUUUUAAUGGUCCCGUCAUAAUAGCGUCUUCCCAAGGUGGUGUGAAUAUUGAGGAUGUAGCGGCAGAGAACCCGGACGCGAUCACAUACGAGCCCAUCGACAUCGUCACCGGCAUCACCGACGACCAAGUGUCGCGUGUUGUGGAAAAGAUUGGUCUCCAUGAACAUGCAACUGAAGCUUGUGACAUGAUUAAAAAAAUGUAUGACCUCUUCAGAAAGAAGGAUGCUUUACUGAUUGAAGUCAAUCCUUAUGCGGAAGAUGUUGUUACAGGCAAAUUUUUCUGCUUGGACGCUAAAUUCCGUUUCGACGACAACGCCCAGUUCAGGCAAAAGGAGCUAUUCCAGUUGCGCGACACCACGCAAGAGGAUGCUAAAGAAAUCGAGGCCGCCAAAUUCGAUCUCAACUACAUUGCUUUAGAUGGCAAUAUCGGGUGCAUGGUGAACGGCGCGGGGCUGGCUAUGGCCACCAUGGACAUCAUCAAACUGUACGGCGGCGACCCCGCCAACUUCCUCGACGUCGGCGGCGGCGCCACUGCGCAGGCCGUCUCGGAAGCCUUCAAGAUUAUCUUAUCAGACCCCAAAGUGACGGCCAUCUUGGUGAACAUCUUCGGAGGCAUCAUGCGCUGUGACGUCAUCGCGGAGGGCAUCAUCAACGCUGCCAAAAAUCUCAACAUUCAAAUACCAGUUAUCGUUCGUCUACAGGGUACAAAAGUGAACGAAGCUCGUAAGCUGAUAGCGGAUUCGGGCCUGCGUAUCGUGCCGCGCGACGACCUGGACGAGGCCGCCAAGCUGGUGGUGCAGCUGUCGGAGAUCGUGGCGCUCGCCAAGCAGGCCGGAGUCGAGGUCAAGUUCGAUAUACCCCGAUACAUGCUCGAGAAG